AAUUUCAAAUAUGAAUCCUGUGUAAUUUCUUUGAGUUAAGACCUCAUUCUGCAAUUUCUAUUUGAAUCCUUUAUCGACUUCUUCACUAAAAUUCAAAAAUAUAGUAGAUUAUGUAUGGUUUUAUGCAUCUUGAUUGCAUUUUGCUUGUCAAUUUGAAAUGCAGAAGCAGAAGAGAAAGUCACAAUUGAUGAGUUCAACAAAAAGAUAUUCUGGGAAAAAGAUAGCCAAGGAAUGGUAGAGCUAGAUUUAUUCUACGGAAAUAUUACAGGCUCCAUGCUUGUUGCAGCUGUUGGAGAUCUUGAUGGAGACAAAUUCACUGAUCUCAUUGCUGUGAAUUCAGAAAGAAGUGCUUUUAAAAUUUUUCUUUAUGACAGUAAAUCUAUGCAAUUUAUUUAUACUGAGAAAGAGUUUCCGGCAGAAUGAAUCAUAGCAAAUAUACAAACCAUGCCUCAUAAUGGUGGACUAUUGUUAACCUGUUCUAAACCUGAAUCGAUCUUGAAAGUGUUUAAAAGUGUUGGAAAUGAUCCAGUAGACUUUGAGGAGGUAAAAAGUAAAAGAACCCAAAUCAAAAGAGGAAACCAACCCUUUAUUGCUGACUUCAAUGGAGACUUUUACCCAGACAUAUUGUUCCAAAGUAACGAUGGCAUAAAGAUUGCAUUCAAUACUGCUCAGAGUGACAGUAUUGUUAUUGAAGAGUUUGAUAAAUACAUUAGGCAGAAAGGGGAACAUGGAAAAUGACUUAGAGUAGACCCUUCCAGACAGCUCGCGUCUCCAGGAUCAAUAGGCUAUGUAGACGUAGAUGGAGAUUGUGUUGCUGAUCUGCUCAUGACCACCAAAGAUUCUUCGGGAAAUUUAUAUUUAGAAGUAUAUAUCAGUAUUUUGGAGCAUUAUGAAUUUGCCCAAAACAAUGUAAACUUUUCAACAAGGUAUUGCCUUGUCAAGAAAGCUCUUCUUCCUGAUGAUAUGGAUCCAACCUUAUUGUUUGCUGAUUUUGACAGAGAAGGAAUGAUUGAUGUCCUUGGGUUUUCUUCCAAAAAGAAGAGCAUUUAUUUAUUUUUAAAUGGUUUAAAACCAAGAAGUAGCAACUCAGAUAAUUUAUGACACUCUUUCAGUCAUAUACAAGAAGAUCAUGAAAUAUUUCCUGGAUUAGAUGGAUCAAAAACUAUGAAAUCAAACGAAAAUGUAAUGAUCAAUAGAAUCUCUAAAAUUCCAUAUUAUAAGCAAUUGCAUGGACAUACAGAAAUGUUUCCUCCUCGACUUAGAUUUGGAGAUAUUGAUUCUGAUGGAUAUCCAGAUUUAAUAGCAACCUUUGAACUUUCUGGACAUAAUGCUUUUGCAGCUGUCCUAACUAACACAGAAUGUAAAAAUCCAAGUACACAAAAAUGAAAUAAAAAUGAUAGAGUUUUUGAGUACAAUCAAGAAAAAUAUAACGAAGACCUCAAAAAGCACAAUGAUGUUAAUUAUGCAUUCUUCUUUGAUAUAGAAGAAAAUGGAAAUCUGGAUGUUAUCCUCUCAGUGCACGAUGUUAAUGAAAGAAAGGAUAAAUUAGUCCCUCUCAUGACUAACUAUGAUCAAGACUCCUUCUAUCUCAAAACCAAAGUAGUCAGGCAUUUAGAGGCGAAAAAUGACAUUGUUCUCUCAGGUGCAACUAUAAGAGCAUCUUUUACACAGCUUGGGGAUGAAAAAUAUAUUCUUGUGGGAACACAGAGGAGCCAAGAUUCUUAUGCAAAUUUAGGAGUCUCAUACUCAUAUUUUGGAAUUGGUAGAUCUAACAACUAUAUAGAAGCCUUUACAGUUGGAGCUGUUGUCUACGGAAAGAAAGUUGUAAGGACAUGGACUCCCAUAAUUCCAAACACACAGCUUAUUGUAUCAACUCAGAUGAGUCAAAACCCAGCAGAUUGGGAAGUUGAAUUACUUGUCUGGCCAAUCAAAGCUAUGAAUAUCUUGGUAGUAGUUAUUGCUUUAUUUUUACUGGUACUAAUUCUGCUGAUUAUCAUAAUGCAUUUUGCUGAAAAAUCUGAAGACGAGAAAAUGCAGGUGAAGGCUUUUGAUUAUUUCUAAUUGGAAAUUUAAAAAUUCAAUUUAAA